AGGACAAUUUCCCAAAUAGUUCUUCGCCAAUUUCGGGAAUCGUACGGCUUGAUGCGAAGGCAGCAAGAUAUUCAGAUGGUCUUGACAUAUGGCACAUGGAAGUUGCAGGACUUUCUGAUAAUGCUUUCGAUGAACAUAUCAUUAAUGACGCGAAAAAGACUCUCCGUACAGACCUUUUAAAUCUAAUAGCUAUAUUGAGGAACCAUCUUGAUUGUGACGUGAAUAUUGCUACGAAAAUUAAGGUGUUUUGCACCCAAGUAAUUAAAACCAGGUUGACUCUAUAUGCCUUAAAUAUGCUUCCCGAUGGACGUUUUUUAGCAACUGAGCUCGCUUCCGUUAUUAUUCCAUUCAGCUUUGAUGGCAGAAUUCGUUACAAAUCCAUUCUAAGGAUGAUGGCAAUAUUUCAUGAAGAAAUCGAAAAGCAACAAACGUUAAUGAGAGAAAUCGACCGUUGUGUACCUCCGUCAAAAGAAAAAACUGUCCGUCAAACGGCGGACGAUGUGGGAGGUAUGAAGGACAGAUUAUCACGCCUGUCAUCUGACGGUAAUCUCCAACAUAAUUAUCUUGGCGGUUAUCUAUUAUUAUCUACUGUUAUCGUUCUCGGCGAGUCCGUCGCCAACGGUAGGGGAUCCACGUCGCAGUUUUUUCUUUCGGCUUUACUGGGUCCUAUUAGAAGCUGGUGGGUUGAAUUGCGCUAUAUGCUACAGGUUGUUCCGUCGGUCAGUAUUUGGAGCGUU